ACAAAGGCCAAGAAAGGCAUUACGUCGGCACGGGGAGGGAUAUAAGUAGGCAGCUGGUCCAGAAAGGAGCCAGCUGCAAACAGGAGGCUGGAAAGCAAACAAAGCUUCUCUCUGUGUGUGUGAGAGCCUGGCAGCCCCCUUCAAGAUGCCCAAAACCUCUCUUCCAGUCCACUUCCUCUGUCUUCUCGCCAUGUCUUCAGCCUGCUACAUCCAGAACUGCCCUCGAGGAGGAAAGAGAGCCUUGCCCGACACAGAGAUCAGACAGUGCAUACCCUGUGGCCCUGGGAACAGAGGGCACUGCUUUGGCCCCAACAUCUGCUGUGGAGAGGAGCUCGGCUGCUACGUGGGCACUUCCGAAACCCUGCGCUGCGUGGAAGAAAACUACCUGCCUUCCCCUUGUGAGGCCGGCGGGAAAGCCUGCAGCUCAGGAGGGAAAUGCGCCGCUCCCGGCAUUUGCUGCAAUGAUGAGAGCUGCACCAUGGAUACCAUUUGCCUGGAUGACGAUAGUGACAGAAGUCGAGAGCUCUCAGAGAAGAACCUGACUGUGCUGGAUGGCUCAGCGAGUGACUUCCUGCUCAAGCUGAUGCAUUUGGCGAACAGGCAGCAACAGGGGAAGCACCAGUUCUACUGAGGGAAAGAAGCAAGAUCACAGAUGAGUCUAACAGCGAGUAUGUUGCUUACAUGCUGCAGCACCUCAGAAAAUCAUUACAAGAUGUAAAGGAACAGCCCUUUGAAAGCAUUGUAAAUAUGUGGCCAAUAAAGUCUUUUAUUGCACUGUG